AUGACACCUACCAGUUCUUUCUCCUGUGCUCUGGGUCCUAACUUUCCUUGGACAUCAGAUUAUUGCUGCCUUGUAAUCUCUGUUUGUGGCAAUGAUAUGGGAAAUGAAGAUGUCAUCAGAGGGAAUGUGAGCAAAUAUAUGGUGCUUCCAUCUGGAUACUGUGGACAGCCCAAGAAAGGACAUCUUAUCUUUGAUGCUUGUUUUGAAAGUGGUAACCUUGGACAGGUGGACCAGGUCUCUGAGUUUGAGUAUGACUUGUUCAUUAGGCCGGAUACCUGUAAUCCACGCUUCCGAGUCUGGUUCAACUUUACUGUUGAAAACGUGAAAGAAUCACAGAGAGUCAUCUUCAACAUUGUUAACUUCAGUAAAACCAAGAGUCUUUAUAGAGAUGGAAUGGCCCCUAUGGUGAAAUCUACUAGCAGACCCAAAUGGCAAAGGCUGCCACCUAAAAAUGUUUACUACUACCGGUGUCCGGACCAUAGGAAGAAUUAUGUGAUGUCCUUUGCAUUUUGUUUUGACCGAGAAGAAGAUAUUUACCAAUUUGCUUACUGCUACCCAUAUACAUACACACGCUUUCAGCAUUACCUUGACAGCCUGCAAAAGAGAAACAUGGAUUACUUCUUUCGGGAGCAGCUGGGUCAGAGCGUGCAACAGCGGCAGCUUGACCUCCUGACAAUCACCAGCCCUGACAACCUUCGGGAAGGGGCAGAGCAGAAGGUGGUAUUCAUCACAGGACGAGUCCACCCAGGGGAAACACCCUCUUCAUUUGUGUGCCAAGGGAUCAUUGACUUCCUCAUAAGCCAGCACCCUAUUGCCCGUGUCCUCCGGGAACACCUGGUCUUCAAGAUUGCACCAAUGCUCAACCCAGAUGGAGUCUACUUAGGCAAUUACAGGUGCUCUCUAAUGGGGUUUGACCUGAACCGUCACUGGCUGGAUCCCUCUCCGUGGGCUCACCCUACCCUACAUGGAGUGAAACAGCUCAUCAUCCAGAUGUACAAUGACCCAAAAACAAGCCUGGAGUUUUAUAUUGACAUACAUGCCCACUCCACCAUGAUGAAUGGCUUCAUGUACGGCAACAUCUUUGAGGAUGAGGAACGGUUCCAGAGGCAGGCCAUUUUCCCCAAGCUCCUCUGCCAGAAUGCUGAAGACUUCUCCUACUCCAGCACAUCCUUUAACCGGGAUGCUGUGAAAGCAGGAACUGGCCGUCGCUUCCUUGGUGGGCUACUGGACCAUACUUCCUAUUGCUACACCCUCGAGGUCUCCUUCUAUAGCUACAUCAUCGGGGGCACUACAGCUGCUGUGCCCUACACUGAAGAAGCCUAUAUGAAGCUGGGACGGAAUGUGGCAAGAACAUUUUUGGAUUAUUAUCGGCUGAACCCCCUGGUCGAGAGAGUGGCAAUUCCCAUGCCGAGGCUGCGGAAAGAAAAGCCCCCUCCCUACAAGUACCCACUCGCGCGGGGCCCAGCCAGGAACCACCCCAACGGCAAAGGGGACAAGAAGAGCUCAGUGAACCACAAAGACCCUUCAAACUCUUUUUAA